AUGGCAAAAGAUGUGGAAGGAGCAGAGGGAGUCACGGCGAGGGACUACGAAGACCCACCGCCAACUCCGUUUUUCGACCCGGAGGAGCUCACAAAGUGGUCUUUAUACAGAGCCGUCAUCGCCGAGUUCGUAGCCACUCUCCUCUUCUUAUAUGUCACCGUUUUAACUGUCAUCGGCUACAAGAUUUCCUCCGACACUAAGGCCGGAGGCGACGAAUGCGGUGGCGUCGGAAUCCUCGGUAUCUCAUGGGCUUUCGGCGGCAUGAUAUUCGUUCUUGUCUACUGCACCGCCGGUAUCUCAGGUGGACACAUAAACCCGGCUGUGACGUUCGGCUUGUUCUUGGCCCGCAAGGUAUCGCUGGUUAGAGCGGUGCUAUACAUGGUGGCUCAGUGUUUGGGUGCUAUAUGUGGAGUUGGGUUCGUCAAAGCCUUCCAAAGCGCUUACUACGUGCGUUACGGCGGUGGAGCAAACUCUCUGGCCGACGGAUACAGCACAGGGACAGGACUAGCCGCAGAGAUCAUCGGAACAUUUGUUCUUGUCUACACUGUCUUCUCAGCCACUGACCCCAAAAGAAACGCACGUGACUCCCACGUUCCCGUGUUGGCGCCACUUCCUAUAGGUUUUGCGGUGUUCAUGGUUCACUUGGCUACUAUUCCGAUCACCGGAACCGGAAUUAACCCGGCAAGGAGUUUCGGAGCUGCGGUUAUAUUCAACGAGUCCAAGCCGCGGGAUGACCACUGGAUAUUCUGGGUUGGACCAUUCAUUGGAGCUGCGAUUGCUGCUUUUUACCACCAAUUCGUUCUAAGAGCUUCUGGUUCCAAGUCCCUCGGGUCUUUCAGAAGUGCAGCCUAA